UGGACGGUCGGCCAUCUUUCUCGGUUCGUUGUCGUCUACACGCUGCGGUUCGCUGGAAAACCUUCGUUCCUUUUUGUCCGAAGUAAAGCAGCAGACAUGGUCAACCCCAAAGUCUUCUUCGACAUCACCGCCGACGGCAAGCCUAUGGGCCGCGUGGUGAUGGCGCUGCGCGAUGACGUGGUUCCCAAGACGGCGGAGAACUUCCGCUCCCUGUGCACCGGCGAGAAGGGUUUCGGCUACAAGGGCAGCACCUUCCACCGCGUCAUCCCGCAGUUCAUGUGCCAGGGCGGAGACUUCACCAACCACAACGGAACGGGAGGAAAGUCCAUCUACGGGAACAAAUUUGCCGACGAGAACUUCAGUCUGAUGCACACGGGGCCCGGCAUCUUGUCCAUGGCCAACGCUGGACCCAACACCAACGGCUCUCAGUUCUUCAUCUGCACCGCCAAAACCACCUGGCUGGACGGCAAGCACGUGGUGUUCGGCAGCGUGGUGGAAGGUUACGACGUGGUCAGAGCCAUGGAGGCCAAAGGCUCCGGUACCGGGAAGACUUCCGCCAAGCUCAUAAUCGCCAACUGUGGCCAGCUCUGAGCGAACAACGCCCCCCCCCCCCCCCCCACAAACACACACACACAAAAUCCAGCCUUCCACAUUCCAGCUGAUGAAUGGAACAACUCAUUUGCUCUUUUUUAAAAAAAAAUUGGGAUUUUGUAACUAUUCCAACCUUGUUGCCGCAUUUGUGACUUUGCCUCUGAAAGUUUGGUUUGCAUUUAACGCUGUGCUCCAAAACUGUUUUCUUUCAUCGACAACGAAAUAAAAAAUGGCCUUGAUGACGAA